UAUUUAGCAAUAACUCCUCCUUCGCCAUCAUAAUAGCAGCACGAAGAAAAAUACGCAAUCGAUUUAAAUAGAGCGCGAAGUUAGUAGACAUGCCUUUACUGCAGAACCAGGGGACAAUUACUUGCGUCCUUUCACCCACGCCACCUACAAACUUGCACGCAUGUCCGAAGUUCGAACCCCGAAUUCACGCAUGCGCCUCACCAAUUAAUGAUUUCUCGUACGCUAGAUAUUUCUCGCGAGCUUUGUGUUUCCAUAAUGAACCUAAAAAUAGUUUUUGGGAGGCAUUAGUGUUAUUGUAAGAUUUGUAAAUGAAGCUGUCAAAAGGUAGAUAGUAGAUCAUAAAGGCGACAUGAGUUCGCUAAAACUAAACGAGAGAUGUUCUAGCAGCAUGAGUAAUGGAAAGAAACACCUCAGCAACGAUUGCAAAGAAGAUUCGCUAGAUAAUUCAGUGAGAGAAUCCAUUAAAUCGGAGAGAGCCGGUGGCAAAAAUGAAGAAGACUGGCGUAGAAGAACCAUAAUUGUGGAAAAUAAAAAUGGCAGUUACGGGUUUACUCUUCAAAGCUACGGAAUUCACUACAAGAGGGAACAAGAAAUUGAGGUGAUAACUUACGUGGACCACGUGGAAGCAGAAGGACCAGCAGCAGCAGCAGGCAUGCGUGAGGGCGAUGUCAUCAUCUCAAUCAACGGUACCGACGUGGAGAGAGCCGAUCACGCGGUCAUAGUCGAUGCUAUUAAUGGUUGCGACUCACGCAUGCGAAUGGUCGUCAUUUUUGAAGACUGUGUCCGUAAGGUCGAGCUACAUCUAAAAUAUAUUAAUCUCCAACGAGCCAUUCAAUCAAAAAUGCGCGAGCUUGAUCAACUCAAUAUUCGCGAGAGGCAACUCUUUGAUACCAACUGGAAAACACACAGCUUGCCUUCACAGAAGAAAAAGUCCUCCCCGUCAGAUGUAAUUUCUGACAAUGAAGAGAACAACGUUACUGACACAAUCAACAACGCAUAUUGUAGACCAACAUUAUCAAGCGAAAAUGUAACCUCCGCAAAAUCUGCUCAAACGAACGUGCUAAUGUAUCAAUAUUUAGACCCACGAUAUGGAGCAUGUGUAGUCCAACCUAGCAUACGAACUGGCGGUUUUGUUAUCACUGUAGGCUCACCAAGAAACAGGCGAGACUGCCAACAUUUCGUGAUGAAAAACUCUAGCGAUGAUCAUCGGGCUAACGAAACAUAUAAAUCUACGAAUGGAAAACAUGCGAAGUCACAUCGAAAUAGUCACGGGUAUGGUUGUGCUCCAUGUAUACCAGUUUACAAUAAUAAAGACUCUAAUAGCUUGGACGACUACUAUCUUGCCAGUCCUUGCUGUGAUCCUCACUGCGUGCCUAAUUCUAAAAAGAAAGUAAAACGCAAGAAAGAGUGUUCAAAAGAACAUAAAAGAAAAGAAAAAUAUCAACAAGUCGAUAAGUCCACUCAAAAACCAGAUAACUGUUCACAGUCGCGAUCUAAAAAAGUUUGUUCCUCCGGACAUUGCUCUAAUCGUUACCGUUACUUGACGACAGAAUCAACACAGGCUAGUCAAUGCAGCCUGCAGUCCUACGCAACAAGCACCGCUAACGUCCCGUGCGACAAUUCUGCUUCCAGCUACAGCACAUCUCUAAGUAGCGACACCUUAUUCUGUUACAACGACCGUUCGGAAACUAAAUCAUCGCCAAAAAUACAAUAUCAGAGCUCCCAUCAGCACGUGAAACCCAAGUCGUGGGAUAAUUUGACCACGAAAGCCUUCGGAGGUUACGGAUUCGGAUACGGCUAUUUAGAUACGAGUGCAAAACAAUCAAGUCGGUCUAAAAGUCACGGCAGAAAUCACAGUGCCCGUAAUUCACAAAGCCACCAUGAAUACCAACAACACGGACAAGAAAAACAUGGCCAGCAUCAAAAUGCUGUAUCUCAUCAUUAUUCAAUGUACGGCCGAAGUCAUAGUCAAUGUGCGCCAACGAAAUCAACUGAAAGUUUGAUUGUUGUUCCUAAACACCAAUUAGAGAGCAGCGGUUCUGAAACCCGUCUAGCUUGCGAUUGCGAAUCCAUUGAGUACUAUCGAAAAGUGAACACCAGCAAAAGUCCGGCCGAGAACCAUUCGACUGGUUAUUAUUCCCAACACUUUAUCUAUCCCACACAUUCGUACAAAAAGAACGAUUCAAAUGUAAGCUCAGAAAUAACAAGACUAUAAUAAGGCCACCUACAUUUAGAUAUCUAAUAACUGCUCAAAAUUAGGCCUAAAAUAAAUGACACACGUGCUCUCGCUGGCCUAUUUGAAGUAUAGGUUAAGUCACUUUUUAAUGACAUUGUAAUGGUUUGUGGAUAUAGGAUCCUGCUGUAAUCGCUUUUAGCAUAUUGAUUUUGUACACAUCAUAUAGAAAAAUAAAUUUAAAAAACUUAGGAUGUCGUUUACUUGUUUCAAUUGAUCCGGUAAUUAGGUGUUAUUUCAUUAUUAUUAAUUUUUGUCAAUUCCGUAUG